AUGCCUUGGAUUCGAUCUCAAAUCAAGCAAAAAGAUGGUCUUUUGACCCAUUCUCCUCUGCUGUCCUCUUCUUCUUCUUCUCCUCCAUUGCCAUCUUACCAUAAAGAGUUAACACCGUCGUCAUCGUCAUCGUCAGGUAGUAAAAUAAGCCCAGCUGUGCUUUUCAUUAUUGUGAUACUAGCUGUUAUAUUUUUCGUCUCUGGUGUCCUGCACUUGCUUGUUAGAUUUCUCAUGAAGCAAAGAUCUUCUCAGUCUAAUAGAUACCCAGAAAUGUCUGGUUCUGGUGCUUUCCAAAGACAGUUGCAACAGCUCUUCCAUCUACAUGAUUCAGGCCUAGAUCAAGCUUUUAUUGAUGCUCUACCCGUGUUCCUCUACAAAGAUUUAAUGGGUCUUACUGAUACAUUUGAUUGUGCUGUUUGUCUAUGUGAAUUCUUAGAACAAGACAAAUUGAGAUUGCUUCCCUUGUGUAGUCAUGCUUUCCAUGUUGAUUGUAUAGACACAUGGUUAUUGUCAAAUUCAACUUGCCCACUUUGUAGAGGGACCCUUUUCACACCUGGGUUUUCCAUUGAAAACCCAAUUUUUGAUUUUGAUGAUUCAAGAGAAGAUGGGUUUUCAGGCAAUAUAGGCCUUUCUAUUCCUUCUGCUCAAAAGCCCGCUGAGGAUGGCACUAUUAAUGAAAAGAGAGUGUUUUCUGUGAGACUUGGCAAAUUUAGAAGCACAAGUGAUGAAAGAGGAGAGAGAGAAGUGGGAGAGACUAGUAACAGUAACUUGGAUGCACGAAGGUGUUACUCAAUGGGGUCAUUUCAAUACGUGGUUCCUAAUUCAGACCUACAAGUAGCCAUGUGCCCCAGUAGAGCUAGGGGUAAUGGUUGUGCUGAUGUGAGAUCUGUGAAAGGGAAUGGUGGACAGAGCGAGAAUUCUUUGAUUGAUGUGGUUGCUGAGGAGAAGAAGAUUAACAUUGGAAGUAAAAAUGAAAGCUUUUCCGUUUCCAAGAUAUGGCAGUGGUCCAAGAAAGGUAAAUUCCCAACUUCUGCAGAUACCCAUGGGGUCAGUUCGUCAGUUGAUGUAAGGCUGCCAUGGACACAUAGAACUCAGGCUACAUGA